GAAGGAAGUGACGUGAUAUCUGCGCGUCUGUGCGCGUACGUGCCAGUUCUUAUACCGUCUAUGGUUUCGCUCAUGGUGGUUUCAUCCUCACUGCCGGCGGCCGAGCACUUAAGAACAUUCAGGACAUUACUUUAGCAAAUUCCAUGGCAGGACCAAUUGACCAAGCCAAAAUGAAGUUUUCGAGAAUAGUAAACAGUCGCUCAUACACCCGGUUCAGUCAGUCUCAGAAUCCUGAUGGAGACAGCAGUCGUGUGGUGGUGAAACUCUCUGUGGAAGGUGAGGAGGAGGAGGAAAUGGAUGGUACAGAACAAGGACACGUGCAACGUGACGAGUACAUGAGAUCCAGUGUUUCUCCGCCAUUGAACAAAUGGAGGAUUCUGGUUUGCGUCGGUCUAAUACUGACUGUCCUCUGUGUGGGUAUACUGAUUGGAUACUCUGUCAACCGUAAGUCUGAGUCGCCUUCCUGCCUUUUGGAAAACUCUAAAGUUCAAGAAAAUCAAGAUGUUAAUUAUGAUCCCCCUGCACCCUCUAUGGAUUGGAGUGACAUUGUUCAACUUCUGAAUGAUAAACUGUCAUCUGAAAACAUCAAUAAAAUAUUAAGCGAGAAUUACCAGAAUGGCACUCAGGCAGGAUCACCUUUAGAUAGCAUGUUAGGUGACAAAAUCCAUAAUCUUUUCACGCAACUGAAAAUGGACACCUGGGUUGAUGAGCACUUUGUGAAGCUACAGUAUUCUAACAGCACCAAUCCAAACAAAGUGUGGUUUGGAUCAGAGGAGAUCGGAAGUCCAAAGGGGUUCCUGGCUUACAGUGAAACGGGACGUAAAGAGGGCAGAGUGGUGUACGCCAACUUUGGUGAGCUUUCUGACCUGCAGAAUCUGCAGAACGAAUUCAAAGUGAAUCUAAGUGGCUUUGUCGUACUGAUGAGAGCUGGAGGUAUCAGCAUGGCACAGAAGGUUAUGAAUGCCGCUAAGAUGGGUGCAGUAGCAGCUCUGAUCUUCACAGACCAGCUUGACGAUGAUACUGAGCUCUUUGGUCAUGUUCACCUCGGAUCAGGUGAUCCUUACACCCCAGGAUUCCCUUCUUUUAAUCACACACAGUUUCCUCCAGUCAAGUCCUCUGGUCUUCCAGGAAUUCUCGCCCAGACGAUUACUAAUAAAAUGGCCAAAAAAAUCUUAGCAAAUAUGGUAGUAAGCAGUUCUACUAAAAAUUCAAAUGACCCCUCCCAUUACAAGUUGGGACUAGAAAAAGACAACGUAACCGUAGCUGUCUAUAAUAACCUUGUUGACACCAAGAUCCAUAACGUGUUUGGAGUCAUCAAAGGAUACAUUGACCCUGAUCGCUAUGUCGUGAUUGGAGCGCAGAGGGACUCCCUGAGCUGUGGAUAUGCCAAGUCUACAGUUGGCACUACUCUUCUGAUGGAGCUUGCAAGGGUUUUCACAGAGUUGAAGAAAGACGGUUUCAAACCUAAAAGAAGCAUUGUGUUUGCCAGCUGGACUGCAGGGGAUUUUGGUAACGUCGGAGUUACUGAAUGGCUUGAGGGAUACUGGGCAUCACUGGACAGGAAAGCCUUUGCCUACAUCAGUUUGGAUGGGGUUGUUGCUGGUAAGGGCUCCUUUAGAGCUUCUGCCAGUCCUUUGUUGCACACCCUUCUGCAGAAGACCCUGCAAAAAGUCAAAAACGUUGGGUCAAGUUCAAGCCUUCUUCAGAGUUACGGUGGUAGUUUGUCACCUCUUCUGACGUCCAUGCAGAUGGAUGAUGCUGCAUAUCCUGUCCUGGCCUUUUCUGGAAUCCCAUCUGUGUCUUUUAGUUUCGUCUCUAAUGGCGCUGCUGACUACAAGUAUUUUGGGACCGAUUCUGAUAAUAAAAACCAACUGGAUCUUGUCACGAAUAACACAGUGGUUAAUAUGUCCUUGGUUGCUGCUCAGGUCGCUGGGCAGAUGGCCCUCCGUCUCGUUCAUGACCACAUUCUCAAACUUGACUUUACCACGUAUGGCACCGUGAUCACAAAUCACGUGAGCGCUAUCAUCAAUCGUGUUAACAUUCUCAAAGCUGACAAGGUCAAUAAAAUUGAGUCUUUGUCAACCAAGUGGCUGAUCGCAGCAAAGAGCUCCUAUAGCCGUGCCGCAGACUCUCUAGCUAUUGACAUCCAGGGCAGCGACCUGAAUGACAUCGAGAUGUGUCGCAUAAUCAAUAACCGCAUAAUGAGGGUGGAGCAUAAUCUUCUGUCACCUUACAUCUCUUUGAGAGAGAUCCCGUUCCGCCACGUUUUCUUUGGUAAUGGGUGGCAAACCGCCACAGACCUGGAAAAGUACCUGGAUGAUGUGCAUGCAAACAAAACAAGCUUCGACAUAGACCAGGUCCUAAACAAGUUUGCUCUACUCACCUGGACCAUCCAGGGCUGUGCCAAUGACCUAGCUGGAGAUAUCUGGUCCUUAGACAACGAGAUAUAGAUAUAUAACAACCAACCUGACAUCGGUUUUGCUUCAAUGUGCUUUUCGAUACACACAAAUAAUCCUGCCACUGUGGAAGUAGAUUUGAUUUGGAACGAUGAAUUUUGGCCAAAAUACUUCAAAAUGUAUGAUAGGGCAGCUUUAAGUUAAAUUGUGGAAGUUCUUUAAACAUUAAGAACUAAUUAUUAUUGAGAUAAUAAAUUAUAUAGAUAUCUUUCUUAAUGUAUUACGAUUAUAAUUAUGAUUAUUAUUAGUGCUGGACUAAGGAUAAAUGAUACAAUAUUUGUUCUUCUGCUAACUGAUUUUAGGGUGCUUUGCAAGUUCUAGUUAAAGAUGUUUUUCCUCAUCCGUGACUCGUUAUCAAGUUGCAUGUGGAGUAAACCUCGUUCUCAGCUGCUACUUGGGGAUUUUUGUCCUUUUUGCACUUCAUGUAAAACCCCCAAACAGCCUUUGUGACCAACUGAGGACCAUACUAUAUUUAUUUCUUAUUUAUUUAUCAGUGACAGUGUUCACUAUAAAAGUGUCUUUUUUUUUUUUUAAUUAUCGGAAGCAGUGUCUUCCAUAAUUGUGACGGUUAUACUGUCAGUUCUUAAAAGCAGCAUCUGCUAACAGAAAUGCAUGUUACCAACAGCUUGUAUCAGAAAUGUCUCUUGUUACAGGUGCUUGAGGAAAUAAGCUCAAAAGCACCCGUUUUAUUACUCACGGAGCAGUUCCUCUUCUUUAAAAAAAAAAAAAUUUUUUUUUUUGAAGAAAAGCCCUAAUUUGGUAAAACUGAAACCAGAAAAUAAUAGUUUGGGCUGUUGAGUGAAGAUUUUUUAAAUGGGUUUUCAGAUCAUCUCAUAUUAAAAAAAAAUUUACUUUUAGUUCUAGUUGGUCUGAAACAAAUGAAUUGGCAAAGCAGGUUUCCAUUUUGACCAAACUCGUGGGCUCAAGCAUUAAAGUGACAACAGCAUUUGUUGUAACAUUUAUAUUUCUAUUCUAAAACCAUUAUCGGGAGCAGUGUCUUCCAUAAUGUAGAGUGUUUGAAGGUAGUUUUUGCCUACCGGUGUGUAUAUAUCGAGGGCAGUGAUCCUCAUAUUUCACUGUAGGGUGGAUCAAAUUAUCGGGAACAGUGUUUCCCAUAGUUUAUGAAAAUUUUUAAUUUUUCAUUAUCGUCACGUUUUUUGUGUGGCUUUUUCUGCUUUGUUACUAUUAAUAACUUUAGAAUACUUUUGAAUUUGUGAGUUACAUCUAGUCGUGGCUUUUGUUUAUCAGAGUCAGAUUCUUUUCAGUGUUUUAUUGGGUUACUGUUUCAGAUUUCACUUUUCUGGUCUGAUUUCUCUCAGAUUUGAGCUUUUUGGUUGGGUAUUCCUGUACUUUAUUUCUGUUAUUUUUCUAAGACGGGUGUUAGGAAAGAGGGUGUGUUCAUAUUGCUCAAUGAAUUAAAAAUGAUGAAUGACUGAUUAGCUUACUGCUGAUUUUACGCAAUGGUUUCAUGUUUGAAGGCACUUCUGACAACGUUUGGUGGACACUUUUUGCAAGUUAUGCAUAAUAUUCUGAAACUGUCUUUUCUCCUCUUUGUGGCACUUACCAGAAACAGAAAUUGUUUGAUAUUUCAUAGCGUGUAAAAAUGUGCAUGGAUCAAAUCUUAAUUGACCUUUUAUUUAGACAAGUGGGAAUGAUUUACUAAAUUUAUGUUUAUCAAAAUAAAUAGCAGGGAAGUUAAAAUUGAUUGUUUUGAAUAUAUCCGGAUGUGUUGGGGUCACAACCAAAUUGUUAAUUGUUAGAACUGACAUCUGUCAAAUGUCAACCUUAAUUUUCUCUGUAAUAAACUCUGGCAUUGUAUGUUAA